AUGUCACCCAUUCCGAGUGAAAAUAGCCGACGGCCAGUCAGAGUGGCCAAUUGCUCUGGCUAUCAUGGGGAUCCGGCAUACGAGAUGCAUCGCCAAGCGACACUUGGGGAUGUCGACUUCAUCACCGGGGAUUACCUGGCGGAGGUCAACAUGGCAAACAAUGCGCAAGCUUACCAACGCGGCGAACAUCCCGGCUAUGAAGAGACGGCCUGGGAUGGUCUCCAGCAGACCAUCGACGUAAUCGCUGACAAGGGUAUUAAAGUCGUGCUAAACGGAGGAGCUCUCAAUCCCAAAGGGUUGGCUCUGAAAGUGCAUGAGUUGAUCCAGCAAAAGAACCUUAAUCUACGAGUUGCCUACCUAUCAGGCGACGACCUGUAUGCCAAGUUUGGCCCCAACAUGCCGCAAUCCGCGGCUGAACUCCAGCAUCUAGAUGCAGAGAACGAGUCCGUGAGACCAGGCCCUCUCACUUAUGCAUUUACCCGUUCCGACAAACCUAUUCCUAUGGUGUCAGCUCACGCAUACCUCGGCGCCAGGGGUAUUGUCGACGGGCUGCGCCGUGGCGCCGAUAUCAUCAUCUGCGGCCGGGUGGCAGACGCCAGUCCCGUUAUUGCGGCUGCAUGGUACUGGCAUUCGUGGUCGGAGACAGACUAUGAUCGUCUGGGCGGUGCGCUGGUGGCCGGUCACCUUAUUGAGUGCUCGGCAUAUGUCACUGGUGGUAACUUCUCUGGGUUUGAUCGGCAUCCGAUUGAUACGUUUAUUGAGCCUGGGUUCCCCAUUGCUGAAAUUGAUGACGAUGGGUCGUGUGUUAUUACGAAGCAUUCUACCACCGGCGGCUUGAUUGAUGUUGAUACAGUUCGGUGUCAGUUCUUGUACGAGCUGCAGGGAAAUGUCUAUCUCAACAGUGAUGUUAGUGCUAUCUUGGAUGAUAUUGUUGUUGAGCAGUCUGGGAAGGAUAGUGUUCGCGUGCAUGGCAUUCGAGGCUACGCGCCUCCUCCGACGACUAAGCUUGCCGUGUUCUACCCCGGUGGCUACGAGGCUCAGCUGCUGUUGAAUGCUACUGGAUAUGGAACGAGUGAGAAGUGGGAUUUGAUAGAGAAGCAAAUCCGCCAUUUCAUGCCACAGGAAUCACUUGAUCGCAUCGACACACUCGAGUUCCAGAGAAUUGGGGUUCCUGCCGCCGACCCUAAAUCACAGCGUCAUAGCACUACAUACCUACGAAUCUUCAUUGCAGCAAUGGAAGCCGACGAUGUCCUCGCCGUCGCCAAAGCUAUGAAGGACAUCUCCCUCAAGCAUUUCUCAGGCUUCCACUCCUCCCUCGACAUGCGCACCGCCAUUCCCCGCCCAUUCUUAGCUUACUAUCCGGCGAUAAUCCAACAAGCAGAGCUGAACGAGGAAAUCAGUUUCAUCGACGCCCCAGACACUAUAACCUCAUUCCCAACAGGACACCCGCCAGCAUACAAACCCCUCCAACCGCGCGACAGCUACAACCACACCCCCUCCAGCGAGGAAGUUGCCCUCCUCAAGUCUCAACCCCGGUCUAUUCGACUUGGUGACAUUGCUCUAGCACGAUCUGGUGACAAAGGAUCUAAUCUAAAUGUCGGCAUCUUUGUUCCAGACGCUAAACACUGGCCUUGGCUGCGGUCUUAUAUGAGUGUCGAGCGUAUGCGGGAGAUGCUUGCUGAUGAUGAUGAUUGGGAUGAGUCGUUUUUGGUCGAGAGGGUCGAGUUCCCUCGUAUCCAUGCUGUGCAUUUUGUUAUUUAUGGGAUUCUUGGGAGGGGGGGUCAGUAG